AUGGCAGACACAAUCGAAAUGAACGAGUACCGCGAGGAGCAGCAAGAGACGACUGGUGGUGAGGGCUCCGGCAGUGUCGUACUGCAAUCCGGAAACAGCUCAAUUUUAAGGCUACGAAGACCUCCAUUAGUUGGAUAUUCAACACCCGCAGCAGGUUCAUCAUCCGUUUCGCCAAACUACAAGGCAAACAUUCAGCAAAUAGCAUUAAGUAUCGUUACAUUGAAUAUUACCACGUUGCGUGCCCUUCGAGAUGGGUGGUACGGAUCUCCACAGAUCAUCAACCGGUGCUGUGACAGAUAUGAGCAGUUUCUUGACGAGGACGAAAUCGAGUUGUUGGAUUGGAUCGUAGAAGAUGGAGGAGUGCAUUUCGAUGCUCACGUUAGGGAAUAUGUCAACGAAAAGAGUCAUGAGAAAGGGGUGGGAUGGCUUGUCGACACACGCACUAGCGCAUUUUAUUCCCAGCUAAUUGACAUUGAACUUAAGAUGUAUCGUGCAGCACAGGCCCAUUCCGCGCUGUUAUUGAGGGCUGAUACUCUGGAAAUCCCCGAGGCAUACAACUACUGUACAUCUUACCAGAGCUAUGUUGAACACGUUGCAUCGAAAGAACAAGAGAAGCGUGUUUUUCUCAAAGAGACACUCAAAAGAGCUCAACGGCUUCUAUCUGCUAUCAAAGUGGCUGCAAAUGAUGGAAACCUAGAUGGCCAAGUUCUAGAAAUCCUGAAGCUGAAAGUUCUGGCUCUUCAAGAGCAUUACCAGGAUGCAACUGCGGCUUUGUUUGAAACAUCAUACGAUCUCUUUGAUCAAGCGCGUGUCGAUUGGUGGAAUCCAAGCAUCUCCAAAACACCGUCUGAUCCGCGCGAGAGAUUACCAGCCGCUGUAGCAAGAGCAUAUGAAGCUAGCUCAAAAGGUCUGAUAUCUACCCUCAGCUUUUUUGUCCCGGCAAUCUUGCUGAUCUCUUGUGUUCCUAUCGCAUUGGCUUGGACUCGGAGCCCGCAGGAAGUGGGAGCAUCUAAUGAUGCCAACUUCUAUCAAUUAAUUGCUGGCUCACUGAUUCAACUUCUUAGCUUGGCUACGUUGUUGUAUCCAACGCUAUUUCAUUCUAAGUUUCAAGGACACUCUUGGUUAUGGACAUGGAUCUUGGCUUUGUUCAGCGUUGCCUGUACUAUUUUGAGUGUUUUAAUCUAUGUUUUUUUGCCUGUUGCUUGGAGCAUGGUUGUUGCAUUUGGCGGCAUGACGGCACAAGCAUUGAUUACUUUACAAAUAGUCCAUGCUAUUUGA